UACGCUUUUUUCACACUCUUUUGGAAAACUCUCUAUAUAUAGCACAUGAGUAUUAAUGUUGUUUUGGCUUCAAGAAAAGUUUAUACAACAAGAAGUUACAUAACUUAUAACAUCCUCCUACUCCGAGCUUGCAUUAAAAUAGUGGAUAUGGUCCCGUCAAAGUCAACCACCGUCAAAUUCCUAUGUAGCUACGGCGGUAGAAUCACCCCACGUUAUCCCGACGGCAAACUCCGUUACCACGGUGGCGAUACACGUGUCCUCUCCGUCACUCGCUCCGUAUCCUUCACCGAGCUAGCUAGUAAGAUCAGCGCGGUCUGUGGUAUGACUGUAAGUACUCUCCGGUGUCAGUUACCAACGGAUGACCUCGACGCGCUUGUAACCGUAACAUCCGACGAGGAUCUAAACAAUCUCAUGGAGGAAUACGAUCUUGCUUCAAUGACGCCGGUUAAGAUCCGCGUCUUCCUCUCUCCGCUAAAAUCAAUGACGAAGACCUCGUCUCCUACAUCUUCAAAUGCGUCUUCGUCUUCGUCAAAAUCAUCACGCUCUCGUUCUCCUACGUCGUCGACGUCGCCAACUAAAGAAACGUGUCCAAGUUGUGUAGAGAGAACGAUGCGUAACAAUGGAUGUUACGUUCGUAGGAGUCCAAGCCAUAACCAAUUCUAUCAAUCUCAUCAACAAUUGAAAUAAUCAACAAAUGGUAUAUACUGAGAGGAUCAGUUUCGUAUUAGCCAAUAGAUAACAUUAUGUGUGGUGGCUCUGUUACAUUUUUCAUUUUUUUGUGAAGCUCCAAUUAGUAUAAUCCACGUGUAAAGUGAAUGAUGAUAUUUUUUCUUCCUUUUCGCGCUGUAUCUUUUUUUUUUCAGAUAUUUUCUUGUUAUAAUAAACCAAAUUUUAUUUAAUUUGGUUUAAGGUUAAAUCGACCCGGUUUAAAAAGCCCCAGUACUUGAAGCUUAUAUACA